UUCGCGUUAAUGUGAUAAGAAAGGGGCAGAGUACGGGGCCAAAAAGAAAAUAUAUCAAUGAAAACGUAGCCAAAACACCGCAAAAUAAACAAAAUGCUAGAGAAAAAUAAGUAUGUGCCACGGGUCAACCAGAUAGACGCAAUUUCACUCAACAAAGAUAUUGCCCGACUGAUACGAGAUAAUCUGCUGGAGAACCUUCAGGCCAUAUCGCCCGUGCUAUUCAUCAAAUUCCAGCCAGAACUCGAUUUGCUUAUACAAUCUGCGAUUUGGUUCGGAUCCGUUGGCAAGCGAUGCUCAACCUUUGGCCAGCAACUGCUUGUCCUAGCCUACGAUGCGGAGAAGCUUACUGUUUCCAGGCUGGUCCUCCACUUUGCCCUGACCGUGCUGCCCGGCUAUGUGAAGAGCUGGGAGGAGCGAAGACUUUCACGGCGCGUCGAGUGGUUUAGCCAGGCCAUAACAUGGGCUGAGAACAGCGCCCUGGUGCUGAAUAUUCUUAACUACUUUCGGUUCCUAAAGACAGGACGGAAGCCCACGUUAAUCGACUAUUUCCUUGGUCUGGACUACAUUAGUCUGCGCAACAAUCAGCGACGCGAUAUUGGAUACAAGUACCUGACUCGCGAGCUGCUCUGGGGUGGGUUUAUGGAAAUCCUGGGACUGGUUCUACCCAUCAUUAACUUCCGAAAACUACAAAGGCUGCUGAAGUCUUGGACUUCGGGCCAGCAAUUUAGCGGCAAGCGACGAGAGCUGGACACCAGGGAGCUCCUGGCACCAAAGAUGAUGGUGGGCACAACGUGCACCUAUUGCGGUGAACGUCCCACCCUUCCCCAUCACAUGGGCUGUGGUCAUAUCUAUUGUUAUUAUUGUUUAAGCGCCAAUGUUUUAACCGAUGCCAGCUUUUGCUGCACCAUUUGUGGUGUUGCAUGUGCGAAGGAUGGUGUGCAAAGUGUAUAAAUGUUAAAUAUGGUGUGCAUGUAAAGAUUUUAUACUAGUGUUAAACGAAU